AUGCUAAAUCAGCCUACCCAAGGUUGCCUGGUAUAUUGCAAUACCCUAGUUUACACCUGUUGCCGCAGUGUGUACUACUGCCAGGAAAGAGUUGGUAAUGGUGACGGGUUUGAUGACCUUCCUGAACUUCAGGCUGUUCAGAGUGAUCCUGCCCCAUCAUCCAUGUAUCAGGUAAGCUCUGACGUUUGCCAUCAAGAAUAUCCAAGACCAUCCUGGAACCAGAAUACCUUAGGUGUAUCGGAAAAUACGUACCGUGAAAAUGAGGUGGACUGGCUAACAGAAUUAGCAAAUAUUGCCACCAGUCCACAGAGUCCGAUGCAGUGCUCAUUUUACAUCAGAUCAUCUCCUGUACACAUCAUAGCUACUAGCAAAAGUUUACAUUCCUAUGCAUGCCCUCCACCUGUGUCGACAUCUUCCAAGAGCGAGCCGGCCUUCCCUCACCACCACUGGAAGCACACAACACCAGUCAGACAUGAAAGGGCCAACAGUGAGUCAGAAUCUGGCAUUUUCUGCAUGUCUUCCCUGUCAGAUGAUGAUGACUUGGGAUGGUGCAAUUCUUGGCCUUCAACUGUUUGGCACUGUUUCUUGAAAGGCACACGUCUGUGCUUUCAUAAGGGAAGCAAUAAGGAAUGGCAGGAUGUUGAAGAUUUUGCUAGAACUGAAGGUUGUGAAAAUGAGGAUGACCUCCAAAUGAGCACUCACAUGGGCUAUGGUUCUGAUGGUCUAAAGUUGUUAUCACAUGAAGAAAGUGUGUCAUUUGGUGAAUCUGUACUGAGGUUGACUUUUGAUCCUGGUACAGCAGAAGAUGGCUUACUUACCAUAGAGUGUAAACUGGACCACCCUUUCUAUGUUAAAAAUAAAGGUUGGUCAUCAUUUUACCCAAGCUUGACUGUGGUGCAGCAUGGCAUUCCAUGUUGUGAAGUCCACAUUGACAACGUCUGUCUACCUUCUGGACACCCCGAUGCCAUUAAUUUUGAUGAUUCAGGGGUUUUUGAUACAUUUAGAAGCUAUGACUUCACGCCCCUGGACUCCUCUGCAGUGUACGUGCUGAGCAGCAUGGCCCGUCAGCGCCGUGAGUCUCUCUCUUGCGGAGGACCUGCUGGCCCAGACUUGGUGGCAUCUGGAAUGAGUAAGAGCUGUGGCUCGCCAGGAUCCUCACAGCUCUCUUCCAGUUCUUUGUAUGCUAAAGCUGUCAAAAAUCACAGCUCAGGGACUGUGAGCACCACUUCUCCUAACAAGGGCAAAAGACCAAUGAAUGCCUUUGUGCUUUUUGCCAAAAAAUACAGAGUUGAAUAUACUCAGAUGUACCCAGGGAAAGAUAACAGAGCCAUAAGUGUGAUCCUUGGUGACAGAUGCAAGAAAAUGAAGAAUGAAGAGCUUCUAGAAGCCGCCUACAGCCUUGGUUCACGGCCCCUUUCCCCCCUCACGCUGACUGUUGGCUGA